AUGUCAGUUCAUAGAAAAGUCACGAGUCUCGAUCCUCCACCAGAAAAAACAAUUUUUAGAAUAGGUCCCAGUGAUGAGACUGUCAUAUCGAACGCUUUAAAUCAAACCACAGCCACUCCAAUAAGCUUUCAACAAGAGCCUGAUGAAUAUGCCGAGCCUCCUUCCGUAUUAUUUCCAUCCAUGCGUCUUAUGCUGGCAGCUAUGCUUUGCUGUUGCUUCAUUACUUUAUCAAUUUCAUCAUCAAACUUAGCUGUUGCUCUUAUAUGUAUGACAAGUUGCCCUGUACAUGGUUAUGGAGGAAACUUGGAUUGGAAAUCCGAAGAACAAGGUCUCGUUCUGGCAGCUCAGAAUGCUGGAAGUUUGUUAACUCUGGUAACAGGCGUUUGGGCUGACCGCAUAAAUGGAAAAUGGAUGGUGUUCGUUGCUUUACUUCUUUGCUGUUUCGGAAAUUUGAUGUUGCCAUACUUAGCUCAUGACUCUUUUUGGUUUGCUGUAAUGGCUAGAGUAGCAAUCGGAGCUAGUGAUGCUUGCCUUAUGCCAGCAUGCAAUUCUUUAAUCACCAGAUGGUUUCCACAAUCAGAAAGAGCUGCUGCAAUAGGAUUGAUAUCUGGAGGUCGUCAAAUAGGAACGUUAUUCAUUCUUCCAACUGCUGGAUAUCUUUGUACUCGUAAAGAUUUACUUGAUGGCUGGCCAGCUAUAUUCUACUUAUCUGCAACAAUUUCUAUACUUGUCACACUGUUUUGGCUUCCCUUUGGCGCUGAUAAACCAGCCAAACAAUGCUGUAUUUCUGGACGUGAACGGGACUUCAUAGAGAGUCGAAUUGCAUGUGAAUCAAUCGGUAAACGAACAGACCGUACUCGUCGAAUUCCGUAUCAGUCUAUGCUCCGCUCAAGAGCACUGUGGGCUGCAAUUUUUGCCUUGGUUUGCCAUGAAUAUCCGUUGGUCAUCAUGUUACAGUUUUUACCUAACUAUAUGCGCGAUGUUCUUGAAUUUGCACCGACUCAGAAUGGUUUCAUGGCGGCUUUACCUAUUCUUUGUCUCUUCGUGUCCAAAACACUUUCAUCGUCUUUCUCAUCUUUUCUGGUUACGAAGAGACAUUAUAACAAGACUUUUGUUUGCAAGUGCUUCAAUGCUACAGCGUCAGCAGGAUUAUCCAUUUGUAUAUUUGCUGUUCCGUUUUUUGAUAAAGAUCAUGCUCUGUGGUCCGUAUUCUCCUUGUCUGGAGCCAUGGUUUUCGCCGGUAUGCAUACACCGGGUGUUAUUACGGCAUUGGUACAAAUUGCACCUCCUUUUUCUGGAAUCAUAACAGGGUGGUCAUUCUUUGCUGUAGCUUGGUUCAGUAUUGGUAAUAAGAUUUUGACGAAGCAUAUUGUUCAACAAGGGUCGGCUACUGAAUGGGCUAUUGUUUUCCGGGUAUCAGCCCUUGUGGCUGCCUUACCGGUAGUAUUUUUCUCGAUUUGGGGAUCUGCCGACCGCCAAAUAUGGGCAGCCCCUUCUUCCAAAUGUUCAGUUUACUCAUUGAAUACAUCCAAUCCUAAUCUCACCAAAAAUCAGUCACUCAAUAGUCUGCGCCAGUUAUCCCGAGCGACCUCAGCGACCUCGAUUCGUGAUCCCUCGUCAAAGGACCCGAAGGGACGGCAAGCCGUUUCACGAUCAUCUAGUUUGGCUAAAAACCUCAACGAAGCCAACGCUCGAAAUAACUGA